AUGGCUAUACAGGGAAGACUAGACUCUCCACAAGACUCUCCACACCAGGACAAGGCUCUCCACACCAGGACAAGACUCUCCACAAGACCCUCCACACCAGGACAAGACUCUCCACACCAGGACAAGGCUCUCCACACCAGGACAAGACUCUCCACAAGACUCUCCACACCAGGACAAGACUCUCCACACCAGGACAAGACUCUCCACAAGACUCUCCACACCAGGACAAGGCUCUCCACACCAGGACAAGGCUCUCCACACCAGGACAAGACUCUCCACAAGACCCUCCACACCAGGACAAGACUCUCCACAAGACUCUCCACAAGACUCUCCACAAGACUCUCCACACCAGGACAAGACUCUCCACAAGACUCUCCACAAGACUCUCCACAAGACUCUCCACAAGACCCUCCACACCAGGACAAGACUCUCCACAAGACUCUCCACAAGACUCUCCACAAGACUCUCCACACCAGGACAAGACUCUCCACAAGACUCUCCACAAGACUCUCCACAAGACCCUCCACACCAGGACAAGACUCUCCACAAGACUCUCCACAAGACUCUCCACACCAGGACAAGACUCUCCACAAGACUCUCCACACCAGGACAAGACUCUCCACAAGACUCUCCACACCAGGACAAGACUCUCCACAAGACUCUCCACACCAGGACAAGACUCUCCACAAGACCCUCCACACCAGGACAAGACUCUCCACAAGACUCUCCACUCCAGGACAAGACUCUCCACAAGACUCUCCACACCAAAGACUCUCCACACCAGGACAAGACUCUCCACACGAAAUACGUAAAAGUAAACCGGCCAAAAAUGUGUAA